UGCAUAAACUUUGCAGCCUCCCGCGGAAUGGUAGUCCGAAGCACUUUCUUCCCCCGCAAGAAUAUCCACAAGGCCACAUGGAAAUCACCUAAUAAAGUAACGGAAAACCAAAUCGACCACGUUCUAAUCGACGGUAAAUUCUUCUCCGACAUCACGAACGUAAGACGCUUGAGCCUGAACAAACUGCGAAAACAACCCAGUCAUCGCAUUUUUAUAUUCAUUUGUAAUGGAGUGGAAUAUUUUCUGCAUCUCAUAAAAUGAAUCUACCUUCAUCACUAGGUGAGUUGCGAGUGAAAGCAAACAUGAUGGGUGAUUCAUAUGUGCGAUGUUGAAUCGUACAGUAGAUAUACUUUUUGUAUGCUUAAUUUUACUGAAAAAUUGAAUGAUAAGAUAAAAGUUUCGCUAUAUUUCCCACAAUGUUUAUCUUAUCAUACAUCGCUCUCACAGUUCAUAAAUGCUCUUCAUUCGAGUAUCGUAUCAGUAGAUAUUCAGAUGGUGAUUGACUCACUCCCAAUCGACAAUUUUACGAUUCAAAGUAAAUGUAUUAUUAAAUGUCUGCCAACUGCGAAAUCAAAUUCGAUGACAAUCCUCAUGGAGUGUAUCUACCGGGACAGACCCUAUCCGGGACCGUAGAACUUUGUUUGAAGGAUACAAUGAAAGUGAAAGGAGUUGCUCUUCAAAUUAAGGGCAUAGCUGAGGUAAAAUGGUCUGAGACCUCAGGUACUGGAAACAACCGUCGUACUGUUCAAUAUCGAGGCCGACAGGACUAUAUCAACUCUACAACGUAUUUGAUUGGGUCGAACGAUGGAUCCAAUAUCGAACUGCCUGCAGGGCUACACGCCUAUCGGUUCUCAUGUAGUUUGCCGACUAACCUGGUCACAUCAUUGGAAGCAAAAAAAGGUCAUAUUCGAUACACGGUCAAAGUUAUACUUGAGCGUUCCUGGAAAGUUGAUCAAUCGUACAAAGUAGCUUUUACAGUUCUACGGAACGUCAAUCUGAACGAAGAAAACAUGGAAGUACGUCUACCAUCAAAAGUUACAAAGCAGAAAAAUUUUCUCUGGGGACCUUUCAAAUCCGCUCCGUUGUUGAUGAUAGCAGAGACUCCCAUCUCCGGAUACGCCCCAGGUCAAACCAUAGCUGUUCGCGUCGAAGUCGACAACCAAAGCAAUAGGCAAAUGAAAGGAAUUAUCGCCAGACUAGUGCAAGAAGUAUCCCUCAUUAGUCAAUCUCCGUACACCAGAGUCCAACCGUUUCCUACAGUAGUGGCGGAGGAUCAGUGCGUCGGCGUUGAAAAGCGCAGCAAAGGCAGUACCAUACAAUAUCUCAAUAUUCCACCUUUGCCUCCAACCAACAGGACAUGCCAAGUUCUGACCGUCAACUACUAUGUCGAGGUGGAAGGAAACAUAUCCGGCCCAGCUUUUAACCCCAAAAUCCAGAUCCCCAUCACUUUGGGGACCAUUCCGCUAACAACCAACGCAGUUCCGAAUUUUGAAAAUGAAGCAAGCACGUCGACCUCGAUACAGGUCCAAACGGUGGCGAUCUUGCCUGAGAGUUUACCUCCACCCAGUUAUGAGGAAGCGAUUCUUGCUUGCGGAAACAAUAUUCAGGAAGAAGGUGAAAUCAAUGAGAUUGGCUGGAAAGAGUUUAGUCCUCGGUACAUGGUCUACCAUUUCAGCGAAGAUUGUAAAAAGCAACCAGAUUACGAAUCAAAAAAAGCAGUACUUACACGAUGAGAAGAUGUAAUAAAUGAAAUGUACUCACAAUUUGA